AUGUCUGCCCGGGGAAGACAGGACAAAAGCGACUUUGUAAAGGGCGGAGUGGAAGACGGAACAGCAACAUCAAGGGAAGGCACUUCGGGUGAACAGUCUAUUGCUUAUUCUAGCUCGAUUCUAGCAACUAUAAUUGGCUCGAUUCUAUACGUAACAUGCCCGUUCCAUUCUAGGGAAGGACGGCGUACUACGAUACUUUCCGUUUCGCCGAGCCCUGCUUUGGUCUCCGGUUUGAUGGUUGUACGCGCCAAGAAUCCAGUACAUCCCGUUCCGUCCUCCAUCCCAGUGUUUCGCAACACCUCGGGUUCACCCAUUUUGUUAGGUCCUGACCUCCCCGCCAUGAUCUCCCCGGUGGUUCAUACAGGAGCUAUUGCCGUUUUAUCCUUACCCGUGGUCAUGAUGUUGAAUAUUCAAAUAGCGGAGAUUCACGAAAAGGUAUCGCGCUAUCCACCAGUGAGCGGUAUUAUUGGACUGAUCCCUUGGUGGGAAAUGUCCCUCAUCCCAGAUAAUGAUCACAUUCCAUUAUUACCAACGAGCAUAAGUACAAACUCUCUGAGAUAUACAGUUCAUGCUGGAGAAAUACAGGGUUGGACCAAUUCGGAAACAUCGGGCAAUUCACUUCAUACCUACUAUUCCGUUCGGUUCUUGGUUUCUAGUCUAAUUCUGUCAGUAGCCAUGAUUGGGGCUACAGUACUGACUAUGCAUAGGACUACUAGAGUUAAGAGACAGGACGUGUUCCGACAAAAUGCUAUUGAUUCCAAGAGGACUAUGAUGAGGAGGACGACAGACCCACACCUACCCACCCCAGGUUCCGCCCCUACUAUCUAUAGGCCCCAAUAA